UUUGGUAUACAGCGGCCCGACGGGUUUCCGCCGCCCCGUCAGCACUGCCUUUGUCCCGACCGACCUUUGGACGAUUCGCGCCGUGAUCCCGACGGUUUACUUCCGGUCGAGGCAUUCUUGGAAGGCGAUUCAGCAUGUUCUAAUGCAAAUGUAGCCGCUCCGACUCUUUCUCCAACAUCGCAGGAAACUCAAGACGGCCGGGAACCGAGCCAAGAAAAGUUCACAACCCGGGAAGUUUGGAGGCGGUGUAGGCAUGUUCAGCCGGGGCGUUGUUGUCUGAAGAUCGCAAGAAACCAACCUUUCAAGACAUGGACAAGCUGCAAGCCUUGGAGGAACUUCUGCCUGGAAUCCAGGAGUAUCUCUGUCAUCAGCUGUCAGGAGAGAAGUUAUCCAGACCAGCAGCCAAUCAGAGACUGGAGUUCGUCAAGUUACUGGACAAAUACAAAGCAGAUACCAAAACAGUUCCGUCAAUAGAAGCAGAAGAAGAUGAAAUGUAUGAAGACACUCUCGUGCCAGACAAACCCCCAAGUAGUUUCCUACACCAAAAUGGGAACGGACCAUCCUUGGUGGAGGAUGUAAAUGGCGAUGAAUAUUAUGAGGACACCCUCCCAUCCUCCUCCAAUGGUUCAGCCCGACCAGACAGUUUUAUUGAGAGACAGAAGAUUCCACUUCCUCCCAUUCCAGGACAGGGGGUUGAGCAGGAUGAGGAGGAAUAUGAGUGUCCGAUGGCCGCUCCAGCCCAGGACGGUCCUCCCCUGCCCCCACGGUUCCCCCCCACCCCUGCUCCCACCGUGGCCCUCCCCCCACGGCCUGCUGCCCCCCUCCCCACCCCUCAGAUAGAGCAGGAGGACUAUGAGGACAUGUAUGAGGAACCCAUGGGUCAUCAGGCUACUGAAGCAACAAGUUCAGAGGUCACCGUGCCAACAGGUGAUGAUGAUGAUGAUGAGAUGUACGAAGAAGUACCAAUAGCUCCCAAGACAGAACAGGCGCCUGAAGCAAUAAGUGAGGACACCUAUGAGGUCCCUGAUGUUGACCCACCAGCAAUGGGGAGAAUGUCCGUUAUGUCAACCCCAGGUGGAGACUCGGGGGAUGAGAGUGGGUCAUAUGAAGAUUAUGAUGACGAUGAAGAAGAUACCAAGAAGAAAGAAAAGCGUAAGAAGAAAGAGAGCAAGCCUGAGGUGUUUGAGUUACCAGAUGCCCAGAUCAGCGGAGUGCUGCAGAACAAGAGGUUGAUCGGUGGAUGGGUGAAAAGGUUCUGUGCAGUAAAGGACUCAAGGUUCCUGGCAUACAAACGUGCAACGGAUGAGAAGCCAUACGUAGACAUGUACCUGCCUGGCAGUUCUGUGGUGUACUCAGAGAAGGAGGGAAAGAAACAACACGUGGUGAAGUUAGUGGGAGGAGGGGACACCCAUGUUCUCUCUGUGGGGAACAAAGCAGAGGCAGACAGGUGGAUAAAGCUGUUGGAAGAAGAGACCCAGUCAGGUUCGGGAGGGAUGCUGGCGCCGGGUCGGGCCAAGGUCGGGAGGACUCCCAGCAAUGUCAGUGACAUCAGCAGGGGAUCCAACUCCAGCAGGGAGAAUGAGGAUGUGCAAGAUGGUAAUGACUCUGGGAAGGGAGGCACUUUGGAGAGGCAAGAAGACAAAAGGAAAAGUUUUGGGAAAGACAAGAAGAAAAAGAAGAAAAACAAGGCCGGAGACUUCAUUGUCAACACCUUUGGAAAAUCCAAGGGGAAGAAACUGUCUACACAGCUGAGUGAUUCAGACAUUGUUAUCAUGGGUGUGUCUGAUGAAGUAGCAGAUUUCCAAGGCUGUAUAAUUGCAGGGUACCUGAACAUCUCCACUACACUACUGGGAGACUCCAAGUGGACCCGACGGUGGUGUAUGAUCAAGAACCACUAUCUGGAGGUCCACAAAAAUGCCAAGGAGGACUUUGCUGAGUUGACGUUCCCCCUGAAGGGGUGCAGCUUGAAGCCGUACACGGACGAGACAAAAAAGGGGAAGAAGGACAUGGCUAUCCAACUCAACAAACACGAUGUGGAGAUCAUUUUAGAGGCUGAGACGUCUGAAGACCUGGGGAUGUGGCUGAGACUCCUGGUGGAGGAGACAGGGUCCUCCAACCCUGACGAGCUCAGCUCACUCAGCUGUGUGUAUGUAGACAUAGAACCGGACUCCAAACCUGACAGGCCACCAAUGCUGAAGAAAGUCUCCCAGGACAGCAUCAUAAGUUCAGGAGAAGCUUACAUGGACUUGUCAUAUCCAGACUCUAAUGAUCAACCUGCAAAACUUGCCGAUAAGUCUCCAAAGCCGUCUCCAAAGCCAUCACCAAAGCAACCUAGGAAAAAUGAAAAGGCUGCAACUCUUGAAAGAGAGAAAGUCAAAGACGGGAAAAAACAAGACAGUGUAGAAUCAGAGGACGGAAAGCCCAAAAAGGAAUGGAAACUCACGCUUGGCAAGCAAAAGAAGGAAAAAACUUCAGAUAAAAGCGAGAAGGAAGAGAAAGAGAAGAAAGGUGGUUUCAUGGACAGGUUUAAAAGGAAGAAAAACAAAUCCAGUGAGGAAAAAGUGGAAGACAAAGUAGAGGAGAGAGAUAAGGAAGAUGCAAGAAAGCCCAAGGAAGAGAAGGAAGAAGUUGAGACAGUAGAAAAGGAUGUGGAUAAAAAGGCACCAACUGCAGGAAAAUCAACAACAGAGAAGGAAGUGGAGAAAAAACCGUGUACAACAGCAACAGCUGCUCCCCGGUACGGAAAGGAGAGAGCACAAGCGGAGGUGACGAGGCUGGAGAACAGGAAGGCAGAACUGCAGGCGGAAAAGGAGAAACAGCGGAACAAACGUGUCGAGCUUCGAGCCAAGAAGCAAGCCCUGAAGGAAAAAUUCAUCACAGAUCAGAAACUGGAAGAAGAAAUCAAAGGAGUUAGUGAGACCCUGGUGGACCUGGAGAAGGAGUUAAAGGAAACAGAAGCCAAGCUGAGUAAAGCUCUCAAGGACUCCAACCCGUCUCCUGUACUUGGAAGGAAGGACUCUCCAAAGUUGGGCAAAACUAGCAACAGCCCAGCUACAACAUACAAGAGCUCAGCAACAGUGUCGCUUGGCAAGACUGAUGUUAAAAAACAAGGGACAUCUUCCAGUCCCAGUGUAGGGAAGAGAAUUAGUAAGGGAGUAGAUGACCCGGUCAAUUCUGCUGCAAAAGCCAGCGGGCGACCGUCUUCUCCAAAAGCUGGCAAGAAGGCUGUGUUGGAAAGAGCUAAGCAAUGGGAGGCAAUGGGAGGAAACUAGAAGAGGCCACGAGAGACCACCCUUCCAACUAUUGCUGCAGAAAAUUAUGUUUUGUAUCAAGUCUUCUAUUCAUGUAACAAAUCAGUUUUGAGUUGUGGAAAAAUACUCAAGAAGUGCAACUUUUAUUCAAAUGUAAUGAUCUGAAUAUAAUGAUUUUAGAUAAGUUUGUAUAUUUUUUACAAUGCUAUUGACAAUGAUGAAUAUCAGGAUGAUAACUGCAACAUAAAGUACAACAUUCCAGGUGAAUAGUAGGUAUUAGUCAAGGAGUAAAUAUAUUAUGUAAACGGAUAGAACUCUUAUUACUGAUGCAAGUACAAUGAAGUAGUCAAAUGUUGAUGUUUUAUAUAUAUAUACAUGUUAUAUUGUUUAUCUAAAAUGAAAAUCAAUGUUUUUAUAGAUUUUGUACCAAUGACUGUUUUUAUACAAGAAAGAAAUCUAUGAUAAAAGAAAAUGAUUUUACCAUUCAGCUGUAUACAAGAGUCAAGAGAAGUGCUUGUCAUGAUCAUGUGAUUUUAAAUCAGGGUACACAAUGA